GGUAUACCCACAUUCUCUCUUUUAUCUCUUUUCGCUAUCGAUAUUGCCAUGCAUGUGCUAUUUUUUCUCAGCGGCCUUGCCUUCUUGUCUAAGAGUCACGCGCAAGACCUUACAGGGUAUGUAUUGCCUGAUACAGGCUCUAUAAAUGGAGGGAAUACCUUCCCCGGUGUCAGCUUGCCACUAGGUGUGGUAAAGCUUGGCCCUGAUUUGUACACAGGGUCUGACAGCUACUCGGGCUACCAACCUACUGGAAACUUCACUGGGUUCAGUCUGCUCCACGAGAGUGGAACUGGGGGAGCCCCCAAGUAUGGCGUUGUCUCGCAGAUGCCCGUGGUAGGAAACAUCGUGAACCCCCUGGCGGAUCACAAUGACACGAGAGCCGCUCCAGACGUGACCAGGGUCGGUUAUUAUAAGGCCUCUCUCGGCAGCGGAACGGUGGUCGAGAUGAGUGCGGCCAACCGCGCGGGAUUGUACCUCUACACAUUCCCCAAGGGCACCAAUCACAGCGCCUCGUCCAAUAACAUCAUUGUCGAUGUCUCCCAUGUCCUUCCAAGUUAUCGUGGUCAAGGCUUGGGUCAGAAUUACUUGGACGGUGCCAUCUCAGUCAUUGAAUCUGAACCUGGUACAACCCGUUACACCGGACUCGGCUCGUAUGACAACGGCUGGAACCGCUCACCGCGAUGGACCGUCUACUUCUGUGGGUCUUUGGACCAACCGGCGACGUUCAAGACCUUUGUUGGAACAGACAAGCUUGGGAGUACGCUGGCUGCGUAUGACACCACGAGCAAUGUUUCUUCGACGACGGCUCGGCUUGGGGCUGUCUUCUCGUUCGAGGCGACGGAAGUCACCUCGAGAGUGGGGGUCUCGUUCAUCUCGGCGAAGCAGGCCUGCCGCAAUCUUGACGACGAGAUAACUACCGACAACACCAUUGCUUCACUCGAAGCGGAUGCGAAGACGGCAUGGAAUGACAAUGUCUUGUCAAAAAUCACAACGACGGAUACUGAUACCACCAACUUGCAGCUUUUGUACAGUUCAUUGUAUCACAUGAGCAUUAUUCCAACCAACAAAACGGGAGAGAAUCCACUUUGGACCUCCUCUGAGCCAUAUUACGACGAUAUUUUUACAUUAUGGGAUCUAUUCCGAUGCACCAUGCCACUGUUCCACAUUUUACAGCCAGUGGCCUACGAAGAGUUUAUUCGUUCACUCGUUGAUAUAUGGCGAAAUGAUGAUUUUCUGCCUGAUGGUCGCUCUUCUUUCUUCAACGGCGCCACGCAAGGCGGAUCCAACGCUGAUAACGUCCUCGCCGACGCCUACGUUAAAGGCGUCCGCGGCGCCAUAAACUGGGGGGACGCAUUCUCAGCCAUGGUGUCUGAUGCCGAGACGGUACCUCCCAAUAACAACGACGCCCGCGACCUCUCCUCGUCCACCAAAGAGGGUCGCGGCGCCCUGCCGGAUUGGUUAGAGUACGGCUACAUCACGACGGAGUACGGCCGAUCCGUCAGCCGCGCCGUCGAAUACGCCGCCAAUGACUUCGGCCUAUACCAAGUCGCCAAGGGACUCGGCAAGACCUCGGACGCUCAGAGGUACCUUUCCCGGUCGCAAAACUGGCGGAACCACUGGAAUACCGAUAUGAGCUGGAACAACUUCACCGGGUUCCUGGGCCCCAUCGCGCCUGGCGGCAGCUUCAUCCCGCAGGACCCCUUGUCGUGCGGCGGAUGCUACUGGGGAGAUUACUACUACCAGGGCCUGCCGAUUGAGUAUUCAUUCAACGCACACCAUGACAUUGACCACCUCAUCUCCCUAUGCGAUGGCGAGGACGAGUUCGUCCGAAGGUUGGAAGUCAUGUUUACGCCCGGGAUGAACCCGACUGGCAGUGCUACUUUCAACUACACGCUAUUCAACCCCGGCAACGAACCCAGCUUCACCACACCAUUCCUGUUCAACUAUGCUGGCCGCCAAGAUCUGGCAGUCAAGUACAGCCGCUUCGUGGCCAAAAGCUACUACCACCCCACGCCGGCUGGACUUCCCGGUAAUUCAGACGCCGGGGCGAUGGAGAGUUGGGUGUUGUGGGUUAUGCUUGGGCUGUACCCCAUGACGGGGCAGACGUCAUUCUUGAUCGGCAGCCCUUGGUUUCGUGACUUGACGAUUCACCUUGGGGGUGGAAAUGAACUCCAUAUUACUACGACUGGGGGGGCCGAGGAGUCGUAUUACGUACAGAGUUUGAAGGUCAAUGGCGAGGACUGGAAUAAGGCUUGGGUUACCUGGGAGGAUGUUUUUGCUAAUGGUGGGACCAUGGAGUACAUCCUUGGUCCGGAGCCCGUAGACUGGGCUACGGGUCCGAUGCCGCCGAGUCCCGCGAGUGUGUCAUCAUAUGGUGGUGUGGGUGAAGGUGAGGAUUCAGGGGGUGAUUUGAGUGAUAAGCGCGAUGCUCUGGGUGUUGGCGGAGCGACUGGAUAUAUGGCGCUGCCGUUAGUCGUGGUUUUGCCCAUGCUUGGGGCCCUUGCAUUGGGAUUUGUGUGUGGCUGGAGGUGGUCGCGGCAAUGGAUGAGUCGUAUUGCUGCAAAGAGCAAAGUCUGGACUGUCACAAGGUGGGGAGCAGAUCGUAAACAAGUCCAUGUGGAUGAGAACUCUCUCUCAGAUGUCGAGAAGGGAUCCAAUGAGAAGUAGAACGGUGGAUAAUGACAGAACGAGAAGUUAACCUCGAGGAAAUACAUGCGGCCAUUUUCACUAGUUAGAAUACCACAGCUUUGAAUUUGAAUGUUGAAAUU